AAAUCAUUUGCUAAUCUCCCAAUGGCUUUCACUGAUGAGCUUGACUGGCCUCAGUUCUCAGAGAUCACUGGAUUUCUGAACUCCACCAUCGGAGGCUGGACAGACUCUCUGUACCUACGUUUACGCAGGAGAAAUCGCUGUAAUCACAGAGACUUACAGAACAUUUCGCAAAAUGGUGGUUCUUCAGGAAACCUCCUCUAUUUAAUAAAAAGCUUGGCCAGAAACCAGCUGUUGGACAAUCCAGCCAUAGUUAUCUACGCUACAAUUGGGAAUGAUGUCUGCAAUGGGAACCGUGACACACUGGCUCACAUGACUACACCCAAAGAAAUGCUCUCCAACGUGGUGAAAGCUCUACGAUACCUGGACUCCCGUCUUCCAAAUGGCAGCCACGUGAUUUUAACAGGCUUGGUAGAUGGCCGCUUUCUCUGGGAUAACCUGCAUGACAGAUACCAUCCUCUAGGGCAGCUGAACAGGGACGUCACGUACAGUCAACUUUAUUCUUUCCUCGACUGCCUCCAGGUGAGCCCCUGCAGCGGCUGGCUUGCAAUGAAUCGUCAUUAAAUCGCUUGAUUUUUGCAGAGAGCUUUACAACUUUCCAAUGUCCUGAAAGAAAUAGCGAGAUCUGAGAAAUUUGCCAACUUUGAUAUUUUCUACAUGGAUUUCCCACUGAGACAAACAGCCGAGGAGUGGCACAAGAUGGGAGGUGAGCCCUGGCAGCUGAUCGAACCAGUCGAUGGCUUCCACCCCAGCCAGAUUGCUGCAGCCCUUGGAACAAGCAUUACCUGGCAGAAGGCGCUACACGAAUGGCCUCAAGUGCUUGGAAAGGAGAAUCCAUUCAACAACCAGAUUGAAGCUAUAUUCAAAGAUCAAGGUGGACACUGA